AUCACACAUCAUGUCUGCUUCUACUCGUAUCCCCCCAAUCGCUCAGCCCUUCGUCAGCGAUCGGGCUAAGAAGACUCUCGACUUGGUCGAGGAGUUCGUCGAGAAGGACUGCGUUCCCGCCGAUGCCGUCUUCUCCGCCCAGCUGGGCGAGGGUGAGAAGCGAUGGCAGACUACCCCCGCCAUCAUGGAGGAGCUAAAGGCCAAGGCCAAGAAGCUCGGUCUGUGGAACAUGUUCCUGCCCAAGAACCACUUCAAGCAGGGUGCGGGCUUCAGCAAUGUUGAGUACGGUCUGAUGGCCGAGCUGCUGGGCAAGAGCAAGAUUGCCUCGGAGGCUACGAACAAUGCUGCCCCCGAUACUGGCAACAUGGAGGUGCUGGCCAAGUACGGCAACGAGGCACAGAAGCAGCAGUGGCUGGUUCCCUUGUUGGAGGGCAAGAUUCGCUCUGCUUUCCUGAUGACCGAGCCCGAUGUUGCGUCGAGUGAUGCCACCAACAUUGAGCUGGACAUCCGCCGUGAGGGCAACGAAUACGUUCUAAAUGGCUCCAAAUGGUGGUCCUCCGGCGCCGGUGACCCCCGCUGCAAGAUCUACCUGGUCAUGGGCAAGUCUGACCCCAACAACCGUGACACCUACCGCCAGCAAUCUGUCGUCCUUGUCGCCGCCGACACCCCCGGCGUAACCAUCCACCGCAUGCUCCACGUCUACGGCUACGACGACGCCCCCCACGGCCACGGCCACAUCAGCUUCAAGAACGUCCGCAUCCCCAUCUCCAACAUGGUCCUCGGCGAGGGCCGCGGUUUCGAGAUCAUCCAGGGCCGUCUGGGCCCCGGCCGCAUCCACCACGCCAUGCGCACCAUCGGCGCCGCCGAGAAGGCUCUCGAGUGGCUGAUCGCCCGCGUCAACGACGACCGCAAGCAGACCUUCGGCAAGCCUCUGUCCGCACACGGCGUUAUCCUCGAGUGGAUCGCCAAGUCGCGGAUUGAGGUUGAUGCCGCUCGUCUCAUCGUGCUGAACGCCGCGAUUAAGAUUGACCAGGGCGAUGCCAAGUCCGCACUGAAGGAGAUUGCUCAGGCGAAGGUUCUUGUGCCGCAGACGGCGCUGACGAUUAUCGAUCGUGCGGUGCAGGCGUACGGUGCUGCGGGUGUUUGCCAGGAUACCCCGCUCGCGUAUCUGUGGGCUGGUAUUCGGACGCUGCGUAUUGCGGACGGUCCUGAUGAGGUUCACUUGCAGCAGCUGGGUCGGCGGGAGAACAAUGCCCGCAAGGAGGCUGUUACUGCUAAGCUGAAGUGGCAGCAGGCGGAGUCGGAUCGUUUGUUGAUUGCCUCUGGGUUCAAGGCCAAGAGCCACCUGUAG